AUGUGGAUGUUCAACGAGCGCAGCACCUUGCAGCCAACUCCAUUACCCUUUCCAGAGGUGAGGCUGGUGGGGGGACCUAGCCGCUGCCAGGGCCGGCUGGAGAUCCUGUACAAUGGUUCCUGGGGGACCGUGUGCGAUGAUGACUGGGACGUGGUAGAUGCCAAUGUAGUCUGCCGCCAGCUGGGCUGCGGGUAUGCCCUGCCUGUGCCCUUGCCCCUUGCCUUUGGCCAGGGCCGGGGCCCCAUCCAACUGGACAACGUGGACUGCAAGGGACAGGAGGCGGCCCUGAGUGAGUGCGGUAGCCACGGCUGGGGCGUCCACAACUGCUACCACUACGAAGACGUGGCCGUCAUGUGCGAUGAGCUCUUACCGACGCUGGCCAGGAAGGUGCUAACGAGCAGAGCCCCCACCACCAUGACCCCGAAGAAUGGCAUAGGUGAUGGCAGCAUCCGCCUGGUAAGAGGUGCCAACCCCUGCCAAGGCCGGGUAGAGAUCCUACACGAUGGCACAUGGGGCACCGUGUGCGACGAUGACUGGGGGCUCCCCGACGCCACGGUGGUCUGCCGCCAACUGGACUGCGGCAGCGCUGUGGCUUCCAAGACCAACGCCUACUUUGGCUACGGCACGGGUCACAUCUUGCUGGACAACGUGCACUGUGACGGCCGAGAGCUGCGCCUGGCAGCGUGUCCCAGCCUGGGAUGGGGCAUUCACAACUGUGGGCACCACGAGGAUGCCGGGGUCAUCUGUUCAGGACGCAGCGCUCCCACCGUUACGUCCUCCCCAACCCUGCUCACCCGGGAUGGCAAGGUCAGGCUCACUGAGCCCGCUACAGUCACGGAAGGUGCCGCCGAGCCCACCCGGGAGGCAACCAUCCUCACCAUGGCCGCGGGAAAGAAAACUGGCCGCCUGCGCCUGGUGAGUGGGGACGGCCCCUGCCAGGGCCGCGUGGAGGUCCUGCACCAGAGCCGCUGGGGUACCGUGUGUGAUGACGACUGGGACUUCGCCGAUGCUCAGGUGGCGUGCCGGGAGGCGGGCUGCGGGCGGGCCGUGGGGGCCACCGUCCUGGCCUACUUCGGCUACGGGAAGGGCCCCGUCCUGCUGGACAACGUGGACUGCACCGGCGUGGAGACCCGCCUGGCCGACUGCUUCCAUCUGGGCUGGGGCCAGCACAACUGCGGACACCACGAGGACGCCGGCGCCAUCUGCAGGGAGCCAGGCGCAGAGGAGCCCGUGCAACAAGUGUGGCAAGAUGUCCCUGAGACUACGACAAAGGUGGUCGCCAGCGUGCCUCCCAGGGACGGUAAACCCGGGCUUUCCAAGGGCAGGGUCUCUGUCUCCCGGCCAGGUCCGGGCUGGGGGCGGGACCGAUGCUCGGUGUAUCCCAGAGUCCCGGGCUCUGGAUCCCGGAGACAGGCUGAGGGCGAGGGCGGGAUUUCUCUGUAUCCGUCCGCUUUGGCUCCUCACCUCCUUCUCCGCCCAUCCCCCCCAGGCCACCUCCGCCUGGCCAACGGCAGCCACCGCUGCGAGGGCCGCGUGGAGCUGUACCUCCUCCGCCAGUGGGGCACCGUGUGCGACGACGCGUGGGACCUGCGCGCCGCGGGCGUGGUGUGCCGCCAGCUGGGCUGCGGGGAGGCCCUGGCGGCCCCCGGGGAGGCCCGGUUCGGCCCGGGCCAGGGGCUCAUCCUCCUGGACAACGUCAAGUGUCGGGGCGGCGAGACGUCUCUGCUCCGCUGCUCUCACAUCCGCUGGAACGCGCACAACUGUGACCACGCGGAGGAUGCCGGGGCCCUGUGCCGGCCGCGAUGAUCCCGCUCGCCCUGCCUCUGGUCUCCGCCCAGCAGCUCCCCAGAACCUCGGGUGCCGGAGCAAGGUUCCCCCCGCCUUCCAGCACUUCUCAGUGGGGGGCCCCGCUGACACGGGGGUCCCUCCUGUGGAGCCGGGACAGGGGACCACACAUAUCCAGACAGUGCCAUCCAAGAAAAAGACCCCACGUCGGAGUUGUCAUCCCUUCUCAGACUCGUUUCACAGCCCCGGGCCUCAGUUUCUCCCAUCUGUAUAAUGGGAGAAGAAGCGUCCCCACCUUUCUCUAAAUUAUUGAAAGAUCCUGAUGGGGAUACAGUGAACUCGAAGCCAAGAUGCCUCCAGAAAUGAGAGGGACACCUUGGACCCCCUACCUGGGAUCACUAAGGCAGGUGACUCGGCCAGAUUCCCCUCCCCCCUAGGUCUGAAAGCCAAAGAUCAUCAGGGAUUCUGGCCAGCGGAAGGGACUGGGGAGGAGUGAGUUCCACAGAGGGGCCUUACAGCCACUCGGACACCCUUAGGUGCAUCUUGGGAAGAGACCCUCCCCUUCCCGGGAUUUCCCACCUCAGGACUUUGCUUAUCUCUCUCUGAGAAGGGGGAGACCCCACACGCCCUCCCACCUGCCCUCCUGCCCGGGUCUUUCCCCUCCCCCUCCCCCCAACAAGGGCCCUCACACAUGGUGCUCGGAGCAUGGCGCACGUGGGUCACAGCAUCUUCAUUGUGGGAUAAGGGAAUCAAAGGCUACGGUCAUGGCUGGGGAGCACUCCCGUCCCUGCCGCAAAGGUGCCCUCGGCGCCUAGAGGAGCGGCAGAUCCUCUGAGCCCUAAGAGGAAGGGGGCUCGGGAGCUGGGAGGCGAUACCUCCCCCCUGGGGACCCUUCCCUCCCACGGGGCCCAGCACCCACUCCCCACGGGCUCAGUCAGUAGUCCCGAGGCCCGCAGCCUCUUGGCCAGGAGGGAAUCGUGUAGCCACCAAGUUAUAGUCGUCAAGCAAAUAAAGGACUUUGUUCUUCUUUUAA